GGCAAGGAGCAUUUAUUCUGCAGAAUUUACCAGCAUGCAGGGAUCACAACAAAAUGGCAAUGACUUGAGGGGCUUGCAAGGCCCCCUUUUAUGCAGGCCUAUGGGAAUUCUCCAGAAGGAUUAGGUAACCUCUAAUAUUAUUGGUAGGGGUCAAAGCAGUAACAUUAGUACCAUUUUCAUUGGUUGCUAAGUUAGUUCUAUUAUGAUUGGUGAGACCUUGAAGAAUUUUGGAAACCAGCUCAGUUCUGGCCUUGUGAUCUCCAGCUAGGUGUCUCAGGAGCUGACUCGGCUCCAGACUCAUCCUCCCUCAGUCAGGCCAUAGUUGGCUCAAGGUCCUUUGUCAGUGACUCCUUCUGAGAAGCCCAGUAUGCUUCCUAGGGAAUUGAAAAUUUUAUUCCCAAGGUUUCCAGACCUCUCAGUAAGAACGUAAAAGAAAAGAACCUAACGUCCCAUCAUCGGGCCUUAAGAAUAAGUAAGAUGUAUUGGGCAACUGUGAUCAGCUUUCCACUUGGAAUGUUUUCACAUGAGUUAUCACUUGAUCCUCACAUGAGAUUUAUAAAGACCCAUUAUCUGCAGUUUACAGUGGUUUCAUGCCCAGAGUUUAAGUGGAAACCACCAGACGCUGCCUCUUACUACAAGCUAGCCCCACAGGUAGAGGCAAUGCAGGGACAGGUCACAUACUAUGUCCCCUAAAUCUUCACUAGGUCUCUCAUCCCAGGAGCUGACCUCUAGGGCAAAGGACAAAGGGGAGGGGGCCUUGAUAGGUUAAUCAUUAACCCUCUGCACCUCUGGACACCACAGGAAGAGAAAGGCCACCACCUAGCUGGGUGAGGUGUGCCAGCGAUGGCCAUGGGGGUCUUACUGUCCCCAGCCCUGGGACGCUGGUUUCGCCAUGCAAUUCCUUUCGCUAUCUUCAUGCUGUUACUUCUUUACACCAGUGUAUGGCUCUUCCAUGAGUGGCCCUUUGCGGUACCAGUUCAGAGAACCCAGCAGUCUGGCCUGUGGGAACUCAAGCUCCCUUCUUCUCCAGUCUUCACCUCCCUGCUUCCCUUCACUGCAGGUGUCUUACCAGGCUGCAGCCCUGGGGUGCAGUCCUGCAAUCCAGAGGGACCGCUACCUUCCCAGAUUGGCCCAGCGCUCAGACCCCUAGUGGUCCCAGAGAAGGAAGAGCCUCCCUGUCUGGGGCCUCAUGGGGGGCUGGGUCGCAUGGUGAGCCCCUUCCUGGCCUGUAUGAGCCCUGAAGGGGAUGUGGUGUUGUCUCAGUAUCUGGCAGGAUGGCGAGAACUACUUAGGUUCCUAACUCCCCUUGGCUCUGUCUUCGCCUUUGCCACCAGCGAGGCCUUCAACAAGGUGACGGACCUCGAGGCUCGAGUGCAAGGCCCCGAUGCUUCGCACUACACAUCGCUGAUGACUAUGGCGACGUGGGAGCGGCGAACAGAAUUGCUAAAGAGUCUGGGGACCGAACCUCCGCACCCAGCGGGGCCCUCGGGCUCUCGAACGCUGCUUUUGCUGCAUCGCGCGCUGCGCUGGUCCCAGCUCUGCCUCCACAGGGUGGCGACAGGGACGACCGGAGGUCCAGAUGCCGGCACGCAGUGCGGGGACGCCUACAACACAGCCCUGGCCCCGCACCAUCCAUGGCUUAUCCGUCAGGCCGCUCGCCUAGCGAUCUUGACCCUCCCGAGUCGCGGUCGCCUGCUCCAACUGGCGUGUCCCGGAACCGGAGAGGCGGACGCGCGGGUUGCUUUGGCCCGGGCCGCCCGCGUCCUGGAGGAUGUGUACAAUCGUACCCAGGGCCUGCUGGCAGGCCACGGCCUGCUCCAGCUGGUUUGAUGGCCGCGGCAUCAGGAGACUGAUCAGGAAAGCAUUUCUGGGGAGGGAUCUACGUACUAUGUUAUCGGUGGCCCGGGUAGCGGUCCUCCUCCGUGACGUCACCACAGUUAAGGCCCGCCCUCCAGUAGAGCGGGCCCCAGUGAUGUAUGAGAUCCUCUCAUCUUCAGCCUCAGGAAGCUGGAAGAAGCAAUGAGGAAUAAAGAAUUCUUUAGUAGCUGUCGGCAUCCGGCGUUAUGUAUGAUGACUGUAGAAUUAGCUUAAGGUGGGGGCUGGGGGUGUGUGUCGGGAA